AUGGCAGAUACAACUGAAGAACUCCCAACAAGUGUAAUUGAUACUAGUGAAGAAUCGACAAAAUGGCAAGCAUAUUGGGAUGAAAAUUAUAAACGUUAUUAUUGGUCAGAUGGAAAUGAAUCGGUAUGGGAAACUCCGAAAGGUUGUGUUGAACCAUCUCCACCUGAAUCAAAAUCAUCUUUAACUAUUGAACAAGAACAACAAGAACAAGAACAACAGUAUUCAACUAAUGAUUAUGCUUUAUCAAUGGCAUAUGCAAAUGUACAACCAGAUCUUCGUUAUCAACCUUAUAUAAUUCCUCCUGUUAUUCCAAGUACAAUAAAUUCAGGAAAAAGACUUGUUGGACAAGAUGCACGUGAUCUUCGCCAAUUAUAUCAUUAUUUUGAUUAUAAUGCUUGGAAUGAAGAAUUAAAUCGAACAAAUGGUAAUCAAAAGAAAAAAGUUAAAUUAACAAAAAAAGAACUUGAUGCUAUUAAAGCACGUCGUGCUGCAAUUAAAAGAAAACAUCGUGAUAAAUGGUUACUUGAAGAUUGA